CAAGGGACUCUCAAGAGUCUUCUCCAGCACAUUUCAAAAGCUGCUGCUGCUAAGUCGUUUCAGUCGUGUCCGACCCUGUGCUGAGUGCAAAUCCUUGCUUGUCUUCCGCGCGAAGGCGAAAUGAACGUCACGUGGUCCGGGGCGGGGACAUAGGGCCCGCCCUCGAAAGUCCAGCCCCCGGACGCCGGAAGCGCUGGUGCGGCUCUACAGACGCGGGAGGCUCCGUGCCCUCGGACCAUGGCGACCCAGGCGAAGCGCCGGCGGGUGGCCGGGCCUGCGGGCAGCGACGAAGACCCGGCCCCGGUGGCCAGCUUCCUGAGCUGGUGCCAGCGGGUGGGACUGGAGCUGAGUCCCAAGGUGGCGGUGAGCCGGCAGGGCACGGUGGCAGGCUACGGCAUGGUGGCCCGGGAGAGCGUGCAGCCCGGUGAACUGCUGUUCGCGGUGCCGCGGGCCGCGCUCCUGUCGCAGCACACCUGCUCCAUCAGCGGCGUGCUGGAACGAGAGCGAGGCGCGCUGCAGAGCCAGUCGGGCUGGGUGCCGCUGCUGCUGGCGCUACUCCACGAGAUGCAGGCCCCGGCCUCGCUCUGGCGCCCCUACUUUGCGCUCUGGCCCGAGCUGGGCCGCUUGGAGCACCCCAUGUUCUGGCCAGAGGAGGAGCGCCGGCGAUUGCUGCAGGGCACAGGCGUACCUGAGGCCGUGGAGAAGGAUUUGGCCAACAUCCGCAGCGAGUAUUAUUCCAUUGUGCUGCCCUUCAUGGACGCCCACGCUGAUCUUUUCAGCCCCAGGGUCCGAUCUCUGGAACUCUACCGCCAGCUCGUGGCUCUUGUGAUGGCCUACAGCUUUCAGGAACCACUGGAGGAAGAGGAGGAUGAAAAGGAGCCAAACUCCCCUUUGAUGGUGCCUGCUGCAGACAUACUAAACCAUUUAGCCAAUCACAAUGCCAAUCUAGAAUACUCUCCAACUUGUCUUCGGAUGGUGGCCAUUCAGCCCAUUCCUAAAGGCCAUGAAAUCUUCAACACUUACGGGCAAAUGGCUAACUGGCAACUGAUUCACAUGUAUGGUUUUGCUGAACCAUAUCCUGACAACACCAAUGACACAGCUGACAUUCAGAUGGUGACUGUUCGUGAAGCCGCGUUACAGGGAACAAAAGUUGAAGCUGAAAGGCUCCUACUGUAUGAACGCUGGGAUUUCUUAUGCAAAUUGGAGAUGGUAGGGGAAGAGGGAGCCUUCGUGAUUGGGCGUGAAGAGGUACUGACUGAAGAGGAACUGGCCGCUACACUCAAGGUACUGUGCAUGUCUGCUGAGGAGUUCAGAGAGUUUAAAGACCGGAAUGGAUGGGAAGAUGAUAAAAGCGAAGACAGCCUGACAAUCACAGACAUCCCCAAACUCAAAGCAUCAUGGAGACAGCUUCUUCGGGACAGUGUUUUGUUGACCCUGCAAACCUAUGCCACAGACUUGAAAACUGAGCAAGAUUUACUCAGCAACAAGGAGGUCUAUGCGGCACUUAGCUGGAGGGAACAGCAAGCCUUACAGGUGCGUUACGGUCAGAAGAUGAUUCUACACCGGCUGUUGGAGCUGACACGUUAGCAGGCUCCCUUCUGCCUGAAGGAGUAUCCCGAAGAGGAACUUCGUGCUAAGCUAGUAUGCACUGAUGCUUGGAAAGAAGUAAAAUUUGGAUCUUUUGCUUUGUGUUUUGUACUAAUACCAAAAGGAAAAGUAGCAAAAUUGUUAACAAAAUAGGAUGAACUCCAAGGUAAGAGUGACAGGCUGAAGGAUCAGGAGCAGUAGACUUGUGAAUUGCUGCUGUUGCUAACACUGAUAAACUUUGUAACUGUUUUGUUAUGAAGUUUGAACCAAAGCAGAAAUGUGACAGUGACACAUUUUGUUGCCGUCUAGCAUUUAAUGACACGGAGCUUGAAAGUAGACCUGGUAGGUCCAUCUUGAGCAGCCACUUUCCUUUUUACAAAACUUCCUGUUGGAGGAUUGAGUGAGCUAUGUUACUGGAACUCUGAGCAGUUAUUUUAAUUCCUUAGCAGCCUAAGAUACCAGUGACAUACAAGCCCCCAUGUAAGAUUUCUAUUUAUCUUGUAUAUAUUUCAAGUGGGAUAAAUAUAAAAUAUGUACCUA